CCGUCCGCCAUCCAGUCCUGCUCCCUACGCUAUCCCUUCCUUCCCGAACUCCUCCCAAAUACUCUCUUCAUCAUGUCGAUUAUGCAAUAUAACGGUGGCUCCGUUAUAGCCAUGGUGGGGAAGGACUGUGUCGCAAUCGCGAGCGACCUCCGGUUAGGGAAUCAAUCCUUGGGUAUCUCAUCAAACUUUGAGAAGAUCUUCGCCAUGACCGAGCGAACAUACGUCGGUCUGCCAGGACUAGCGACAGAUGUAACGACCCUCCACGAACAACUGCGAUACCGGCUGAACAUGUACACCAUCAAAGAAGAGCGGACCAUGGAGCCCGAGACCUUCAUCCACCUCGUCUCCUCGACGCUCUACGAGAAGCGCUGGGGCCCGUACUUCAUCGAGCCGGUGCUCGCGGGCAUGCAGAAGACGCCCUCGGGCGCGUUCCGCCCGUUCGUCGCGAGCACGGACCUUAUCGGCUGCAUCAACUUCGCAAAGGACUUCGUCGUCGCGGGCACCGCGAGCGAGAAGCUGUUCGGUGUCGCGGAGGGGCUGUGGGAGCCGGACUUGGAGCCGGAGGACCUGUUUGAGACGAUCAGCCAGACGCUGCUCAACGCGGUGGACAGGGAUGCGUACUCGGGUUGGGGGGCGGUCGUACAUGUGAUAACGAAGGAUAAGGUGGUCAAGCGUACGCUCAAGGGCAGAAUGGACUAGUCAUCGUCUCCGCUGUGUAUUCAUCUUUUGCGCUUUUCUGUUAUCGGAGCAUUUGACACUCGAGACUCGAUAACUGAGACGGUUAGUCGCCACGAAGACUCUUGCCCCGCGGAGUCGAACAGCAGUGAG